CGUUCGUUGCGGCCAUUCACAACGCCUGGGACUGUCAGUGUCUCUACAAGUCUGUUGUCAGGAUUGGAAAGAAGCAUUCAACCAAAAUGAACAGAUUAACAGUUUUUAUUUUAUUUUAUGGAUUUUUAUCUAUUUGUGAAGGCCAAGGGUCAACACGUACUAGGCAAUUUCCAGCAAACACAGCCGCCGACAUCGUAUGUGACAUUAGGAAUGUCGGUGAUAGAGUCACGUGGUAUAAGAAUAACGAUGUUAUUACUGAAACCACCUUUCCUAAUUUGAUCUUAUACGAAAACAUUCUCGGAUUUCCAAGUAUCACUGAAUCUGAUAGUGGAACAUAUACAUGUGUAAUUAAUGGGGAACUUUCGACUGCUCAAAACACAGUUGUUGAAGUUCUUCCGCCCCAGGGUCAAUCGUCUUUUGACCUCAGUCAAGGAGCAUUUGAUAACAUGGCCAAUGACCCCUCACUACUUCUGGAACCAAAUCCACGUUCAGGUUUAUUACCACCAGUAAAAUCUACAAAACGGAAGAAGGCCCUCCUUCCUUCCAUUGAUCCAGUGAACCAAGAAACAACUAAUAUUCAAGUUGAUGUACCUAUGGAGCCGCCAAUCCAAAACCCCGAUGCAGCAAUGAGACCGUUAGACCAACCACUGGGACCUACUGAACCACCUAUGAUAGAUCCACCAAUGAUAGAUCCACCAAUGGGACCAAUGGAGCCACCAAUACAACCCAUUGACCAACCAAUGGGACAAUUUGACCAACGAACAGGAUUAUUAGACCAGCAAAUGGGACCACCGGACCAGCAGAUGGGACCACCAGAUCAACGAAUGGGACCAGCAGACCGAAUGGGACCAAUGGACCCUCCUCCUCCACCAACAACACUUCCACCAGAAGUACCUAGAGAAAAUCCGCAAUUUUCACUAACAGGCUCAGAGGUUGUUAAGGAAUGGCUCCCAACUAACUUUCAAGACAACAUUCCAGGAUUUGAUGCAAUGAUGCCCUCUGAUCCAGCUUUACCGCCUAAGUCAGUGAACCAAAUUUUUAACCGUAAUUUGGGUUCUGUUGAUAUUCCGAAUGCUGGUGGAAGAAGUAUACCAAUUGCAAGACGCAACAAUGAAAGACCUAUAGUUGAUUCACAAUUUCCAGUUCCAGAUAUUGCAAACGAAUUACCCGUGCAAGAUCCUAUGGUUAGGGGUGAAAUGCCAGUCGCAGAUCCAGUUGCCAUGGACCAAAUGGCUAAUGCCGUUGAAUUAGGCAAUAAUUUUGGCAAUUUCCCAGACUUCGGAAAUCCUGUCAACAUGGGAUCGCCCGUAGAAAGAGGAACAAAAAUCCUUGAUAUUGCUUCAGGCAUAGUUCCCCUUGAGCCUAAUGCAAUUCCAGGCAGCCAGAGAAGCGAACAAGAAUAUACUGUUUUCCAUGAAAUGAAAUGCCGACUCAGAGCCCAUUUUACACCUGCUGGGAUGGACCAGACAAGGUACGAAGAGUAUCUUAAUGGGGAUUGGAAAAUAAGGUACUGUGCUCCGGGUUCUGGUUACAACAUAACAACAUGUGGCUGCAACAACAUACUGGCAGGUGGUUAUCCCAUGACUAGACCAAUGAGCGAGUGUUUACCGGAAAUAGCUCUUAUAUUCCGAGGAAAUCAGAUAAUCAAUACGGCCGGAAGUAACGAUUCCGUGGACGCUACUGGGGUUGACAUUCGUGACAGGAGCGCAUUUUUCGAUGGAAGUAAUCGUCUGUACUUUUGGAAAUACCAGUAUUAUGAUUACGAUGACAAACUACAGAUCAGCUUUAAAUUCAAGCCAAAGCCCGGAAUGAGAAUGGAACCAUACACUCUUGUAAGCAACUGUGAGGGCGAAAAUGAACCAUCCUUUGGAAUUGUUCUAAACAGCUUUGAUGAUGUUGCAACCUUUUUCAUAAAGACAGAUGAGGCAGAAAACCAGGGAUUUUUUACUAUUGAAAUUGAUCCCAACGCAUGGAACGACGUUUAUUUCAGAUACAAAAAUGGUCAAAUGAUAGGAAAAAUUAACGAUAAAAUAGCAGUAAAACCACUAACAGGGAGGAUUCAAAAACGACCUGAUACAAUGGUCUUUGGUAGUUGUAAUAGAUAUGGCAAUUUUACAGGACAGCUUAGAGAUAUAACUACAUACACAAAAUGUCUACCUCCAUUAGACAGACAAGUGGAAAGACAACUUGGAUGAAAGUUUAAGAAAGACAUUUAGUUGACUCUUAUCUGUUCUUUGUUCAGUUACUUAGCGAGAAAAGCUGCUUGCUUGCAUUAGAGAUGGAAGUCAACAAAAAACAGAAUUUGAAAACGAAAAACAACCAUACGGAAAAUCUCAAAACAUUCUCGAAUUUUAAGAAAAAUUAAUGGCAAUGUUAAAAUCUAGACGAGAAUGCAUUACGUAUUACGUAUGGACUUUUAGCAGGGUUGACUAAUUAAACUGGACAAUUAACCUUUCGGCGCCAUUCUCGCUCGCAUAAUAUGCUAAUGUAAUUAUGUUAAUAUCCCCUGUCACUGACUUAAUCUUUGUAUCCCGUAUUUAUAUCUUAUUCUAUAAUGUAAAACUCUGAAUUGCCUCACAAUCACUUCAUUCUGUUUUCUGUACAUUAUUUGUGACAAUGAUUUAUCAUCAUUAUGAUCUUAGUUUCAUUUCAUUUUUUCUUCAUUUUUAUGUAUAUGAUACGAGUUUGUCUUCAGAAUCAGAAGUUCAUGAACUGUAUAAUGCGGUUUUUAUAUUUUCUUAAAGAAAGGCGUGGAAAGUUAAAUUUAAUCACGUUUUCGUGUGUUGUUUGUUGAUAUAUUUAUAAAUUAAACAAUAAAUUCUGUAUUAAAUGAA